AUGCUCGCCACGCCCACGUAUGUGACAGAGAGGGCAAUUAUGGAGAUGGUCCUUUUCACUCGAGGGUCGCGGGGGGCAGGGCCCGCUAUUACAUGUUUUACAACUAAAACAGACUCUAAUAAUGAAUUUUAUGAGUUCAAACUUGUUGAAAUUGUGUUACAGCCAAAGGAGUUGGAAAAAUUAGAGGAAGCAAAGUUAAAGGCAAAGUUCCCUAAUGCCAUGCUUGGAAGAGGACCGGGAGGCCACUCCGCAUUCCUACAGAAGAGGCUAGCUAAGGGGCAAAAGUUCUUCGAUUCUGGAGAUUACCAAAUGGCUAAACAGCGGCCAGGCAACUUGGCUCAACCAUUCAAAGCUCCUGCUGCUCCUGCUAAGCUGCCAACUGGUGAUGCCAUCCCCACUCCUGAAACCGUCCCGCUGCGCAAGACAUCCAUCAUCCAGCCCAAGUUCCAGGCACCCAGCCAGACUUCCUAGCCCACAGUGUCCGUUGUUGACAUUAGGCCGUGUCACUAACUAAUAUUCCAGAAGGUCUGUACAAUGUUUUCUUCUACAAUCAUUAUAAACAUGGCUUCACUGAGUAAAUAGAAUGCAAGUGACUGUUUGCACAUUCCCAGUCCAGCUUCUUAUUAUAUGAGCAUUAUUAUCAUUUAUUUGCAUGCAUUGUUUUCCUAGUGAGGCCUAGAACAGAUCUAUAAAAUGUAUGAGAUAGAUAUAAUGAUUGCAGUACAUCACAUUUUAAUCACAUACAUUUUAUUUGUUUCUAUUAAUAAUCUUGUAGAAAGUCAUUGUAUAUUAGGGCACAUUUUUGUUUUUGCAAGUAACGCGUCGCACUUGGCAUCGCUUUUAUUUUUAUAUAAAUGUUUAUCUAAGUCGCAUUAAUUCAUUUCUCAUCACAACAUUUUUCUUAGCACCUUGAUUGAUAGUUAAUUAUCUACAUUGUGAUUCGUAAUUAGUCUGUGUUGAAAUUUAAACAAAACUUUUAUAAGAACAGCUGUUAUAUUGAUGUAUAAUAAAAUUGAUAAAUUAGUUAUAAUGUUGUGUGUUAAGGAUACGUGUGAAUUAGGUAUGUUCUAAUGAUAUUGUCAUAUUCUUGUUCACCUCCAGCCAUGUGCCAGUGGUUAAGUAAAUGUCAUCACUUGCCAAACAUGCCUGUAAACGGGUGUUGUUUGUGGUAUACUACUCAUGCUUCGCGCUGCAUUGAUUUUAACAUGACGCAUACACAUAUUUACCGAACUUUUUGACUUCUGUGAAAGUGACGAUUGCAUGGUCUUGCCCAAAGUAUUUGCGAGGUCUAUUGUAUCCAAAUAAAAAAUGUUAUAAUAAUAACUUUCAUAAAAUAUUUAUUCUAAAUGGUCCAGUGAUAAGUAAUGAAAUAUGGCAGAAAUAUAAAAUAACAUCAGAUGCAGCACAACUGGCUAUGUUCAUUUUAAUAAGUAAAAUUAUUCCAGCUAAUAUUAGUACAAGUAGUUCAAUGUUAGAUUGGUUGAAUCUUUGUUCUAUGGCCAGAUAUAGAUAUGUUCUUUUAGAUAUAAACAUUUGCUGUAGAAUGUAUUGUCAUCACUUUUUAAAAACCAGUAAUGUACAUAAUGUGUUAAAGAAAA